CACUUCCACAAACUUACAAAAGUUCUAUUCACUAACUUGCUGUACAUAUCCAUAAACAAUCACCUCCUACAACUUCCCACCUCCCCCAAAAUACCUCUCUUCCCCAACAAAGCCUCUCUCUUUAAACAAAGGAGAAAACAAGAGAUCAAACACUCUCACACACAAGAACAAGACAUGAUGAGUGGGUAUUCCAAGAUGAGCAAAUCCAUUGGAGACUCCAACCUCAAAUCACCAGAUUUCAAUCCAAUGGAUCCCAAUAACUCCCCACCAUCCCCACAGCAACCCACCACAAAUCCAUCCAUCAUCCCCAGCUCCAACAAAUCCCCAUUGCAAGAGGAGGAACUAGCAGAGGAAAGACAGCAAUCAGAGCUGCAGAAUCUGCAGCAGCCACAGCUGAGGAGGAUCUCAUCAGUUUCGGCCGCAGCGAGUCGGGUGAAGAAGAGAGCUCUGUCUUUCUCCACUAUGAGGAGAUCUUCCUCUGUCUCUGACAGGUACUGCAGGAUCCAUGAUCAAUCUGAGUUCUUGGCAGAUGAUGAUGAUCAUCACCAUGAUCACAUUGAUGUUGAUGGUGAUGGAUAUGGGAAAGUGGGUUCAAUGGCGGAAAAUGCAGCAGCUUAUCGUGGGUCUUCGAGAUCUGAUCACAAGAAGAAGCUUAUCAGCAGAAGCAGGAUCAUCAGAGCUUGUAAGAAAAUUUUGGGACUCUAAAAUCAUUACAAAAAAAAAAAAAAAAAGUUUCCAUCUUUUCCGUUUUCUUUCUAUUUUUUAUUUCAAUUACUUGAUCUUACUUGUGGGCUGGUUCUGGUGAUUUUUGGAGUUGAAUUUUACAUAAGUUUUGGUGAUGAUGUACUAUAGAGUAUAUUUAAGUCUUUACCAGAGAAUAAAAUUGUGGAUCUACUUUCGUUUUGGUCCUCUUUGACUUGGUGGUCACUAAAAACAGAGUUCCCAGUUUGUCUAACUGACAUUGGAAAGACAAUCGGACAGUCGGUCAAUGAUAUUCCCCACGUGAAUGUACAUAGAAAAAUGAUAUGCCAAAAUUCGAAUCAAACUCAUGAUGGGAUCAUGAUUCAAGCAGCGCACCUUUGAGGACGACAAUGGUUGGACGGUCAACUGGAGUUUUUAUUUUUAGUGACCAUAUUUCCUCUUAAUUGUCAAAAUGUAUCGAAUUUGUCGUGAAAUUGAUGUGCGUAAAAGUUCCAAUCUGUUGCUCAAAACUUGCUGUCGAACACUCUAAUUUUCGAUAAUGAUUGAUGGUCUGUGACCAUCUAAUUAAUUUUGUCGUGAUACUUUACGAAAGUAGUUGUUAUCGUCUUUGGCAAUACUUGUGGUUAGCGCAACUCGAUAAUUUGAUUCUACGAUGUAGUUAGAGUCAUCUUCAACGACUUGUGGUUGACAAUCCAAUCCAAUCACCGAAUUCCAUCGUGCACGUUGAUAACUGGUAGUUCAACGUUAGUGUUGACACUUGUAAUUCGCAAUCUAACUAUGUGAUUUUAAAACGAUAGUACAAGAAGGCGGUAUCAAGCUACAUUGUUGAAGGACGAUGCUACGAUAAGAUCAUAUGAUUAAGUACCCCUUUGUUAAAUAGAACUAUUGACGUCGUUGGUUUCCAUUACUUCCUUUAUGGAAUAUAGUCGUUUUCCAUUAAGUUACUUUAUCUUGAACGCAUGUACGUUGUUAUUAGGCACAUUAAGUAAUAAGGAUAACAUAUAAAUUAUGAUAACAUAUUAUUUCAACUUUGAUUGCACAAAAAGGAGAAGGCAUUAGUCAAGAUAGAAAAAUCUGUCUGAUUAUAAAUACUAAGCUCUCACACACUUUCCCCCCAACAAGAAGAGCAACCAAAAAAAGUAAGAUAUAUUUUGCGAGGUGAUGUUGGAUUUGAAAAUCAUGGUGAUGUUCUCAUCACGAGAGAACUUUGAUGUCGAUCUUAUAUGACAAGAGCACAAAAGACUUGGUUAACAGGAUGAAUAUAUAUGAGGUUUGUUUACAAGUACGACAAACUAUGUAACAAAAUUGAAAAUGGUUUUAUUUUAAAAGAAAUCACUCCAGAUGAAGUAUAUGAAAGAAAAGCGAAUCGAAAUAAAAUUUGAGCUGGAUCGAAUAAAACCAAAUGAUUCGAUCCUAAUUUUUCUUUAUUUUUAGUUCGAUCUUAUCUUGAUUCGAUACCAAAUCAAGUCGUCAAAUCGAAAGCCCACCUCACUCUCAUUGAUGGUGAUACAAUAUUUCCUUCGUAGACUUUGAAUAUCUAUAUCCAAAGAAAGAGUUGCCAAGGAGGUCUUAAAAGCAUUUAUCCCGGUCCAUUCAUGUGAUUGUGGUAUAGAGUAAGAAGGGCAAGGCUAGCAUAUGCUACAUUGCCCAUCCCAUCAUUUGUCCACUUAUCUAUCUAAGAUGCAAACUAGGUGGGGGACAUCGAUCUAUAAAUAUUCCACAUGGUAAGACUGAAGCUAGCUAGUCCUUUUCGAGGAUUGAUAUAAUAUAUAAGGCAUCUUUCGGAUGAUACAAAUCGAAACAAUUAUAUGUCCAACUCGGUUCUAUAUGACAUGACCGAUCAAUAUAAAUACUCCUUACGACUUUAGCUAGGAGGAGAAGAAAGUUUGUUUUGAUGGCAUUUCGGAUAAAUCGCCCGAAAUCUGUGAUGGUACCCCUUUGGAAUCUGCCAAAAAUUGACCCGGAAUAAAUCCGCCCAAAUCGGUGCUUAGUGGACUCAAUCAUCAUUGGAGAAUAGCCUCAGGGCGAAUCCGUGAUCUGUAGCCCUCAAUAUCCAAAGAAAUUGGCCUUUCGUCGCUCAAGAAAUUAUGAAAAUGCCAUCCGAAAAUAAAUUGGCCCAAAUCGAUGCUUAACGGACUUAUCAUCCGUGGAGAAUAGGAUCAAUAGACUUCAUUAUCGGUGGAGAAUAGCCUCAGCUUGAUUCCGUGAUCUGUAGCCUCCAAAAUCGAAAGAAAAUGGCAUUUCGGAUAAAUCGCCAGAAAUCUGUGAUGGUACCCCUUUGGAAUCUGCCAAAAAUUGACCCAGAAUAAAUCCGCCCAAAUCGGUGCUUAAUGGACUCAAUCGUCGUGUGAGAAUAGCCUCUGGCCGAAUCCGUGAUCUGUAGCCUUCAAUAUCCAAAAGAAAAUGGCCUUUCGUCGCCCAAAAAAUUACGAAAAUACCAUCCGAAAAUAAAUUGGCCCAAAUCGAUGCUUAACGAACUUAUCAUCCGUGGAGAAUAGGAUCAAUAGACAUCAUUAUCAGUGUAGAAUAGCCUCGGCCUGAUUCCGUGAUCUGUAGCCUCCAGAAUCGAAAGAAAAUGGCAUUUCGGAUAAAUCGCUCGAAAUCUGUGAUGGUACCUCUUUGGAAUCUGCCAAAAAUUGACCCGGAAUAAAUCCGCCCAAAUCGGUGCUUAAUGGACUCAAUCAUCGUUGGAGAAUAGCCUCAGGCGGAAUCCAUGAACUAUAGCCUUCAAUAUCCAAAGAAAAUGGCCUUUCGUCGCCCAAGAAAUUAAAAAAUGCCAU